GAUAAUAGCAUAUCAUCAAACGAAGGGGCCUGGACAGCCGUGCGACGUUCUGCGCAGAUAAAUUUGACAUUCGAAAAACAAAAACUCGAAACUUUUUGUGUGAAACGUAUUCCGCGAUCCGAGAGUGCAUUUCGCUAUAAAAUAUAAUGGUUGAUUUUUCCGUUGUUCCACGUAAAAGUGCUUUUAGAGGGAACAUUACGUAAUAUUGUGUACGGAGUGAUAUGAUAAGUGUAAGUGAUAGAAACUGCUUGACAGUGAUUCUGGGCGUAUACAGUGAAUUUUUAACUGAUAUUUCUGUGUGGGCAGUGUGUUCUAGUGGUAUUGUGUAAAAAAACGGUGACAGUUUUCGGACGUUAGGAGGAAGGGACGGGCCACGGACGACUCCGGUGAACAUGACCUAGUGCCCCAUGACAUCGGCACACCCCUCGCCCCCACACCAUAAUUGCUCGCCGACCUGACACGCACACAGACACACAAAUUAUAAAGAAUGGUGCCGCGUUGGUUGCUGGUGUGCUGCGUGGUGCUGUGCGCUCGGCCGGCGCACCCGCAGGGCGCGCAGCAGUGCCCCGCGCCCAACACCAUCACACCCUGCAGCUGCACCGUUAAAAAGAACGGCCUGGACAUACUCUGCGAGUUCACUGAACAACAACACAUACAGAAGGCAAUGAAUACACUCCGUUCCAAGCCUAUGAUAAUCUUCUACCUGAAGCUGCGACACAACAACCUCGCCAAGCUGCCUUCCUACAUAUUCCUGGGGCUGGACAUCCGUCAUUUGACCGUGCACAAUAGUAGCCUCGCUGUUAUAGAAGACUCUUCAUUGAGUUCUAUCGGUAACAAGUUAACACAACUUGACGUGUCCCAGAACAGCCUGGCAACAAUACCAACCUCCUCGUUCACGCAUCUCAACCAUCUGCUUAUUCUCAACAUGAACCAUAAUAAGGUGACUGCUGUACACAAUAGGGCAUUCAUGGGCUUGGAUACAUUGGAGAUUCUAACUCUGUAUGAGAAUCGGAUAUCUGUAGUGGACGGCGAGGCUUUUAAGGGACUCGAGAAAAAGCUGAAAAGGCUAAACCUUGGCGGCAAUGAUUUGACAGCGGUGCCACAGAAAGCGCUCGCUCUUUUAGAAAAUUUGAAAAAGCUUGAAAUGCAAGAGAAUCGUAUUGCUACCAUUACUGAAGGAGAUUUUGCAGGUCUACGCAGUUUAGAUUCUCUAGGCUUGGCCCACAAUCAGCUCCGCGAGGUACCCGCCCAGGUAUUCUCGCAUUUGACGUUCCUGAACUCUUUGGAGCUGGAAGGCAAUCUGAUCCAAAGGAUUGAUGAAAAAGCCUUUGCUGGACUUGAAGAAAACCUACAAUACCUUCGUUUGGGAGAUAAUCGUCUGCAUGAGAUCCCUUCGGAAGCUCUUCGUCCCCUGCACCGACUCCGACACUUGGACCUUCGUUCUAACAACAUCACCUACAUCAGUGAAGAUGCCUUUACUGGCUAUGGAGACUCCAUCACCUUCCUCAAUCUGCAGAAAAAUAUGAUCCACCAACUGCCGACUAUGGGCUUCGACAACCUGAAUUCCUUGGAGACUCUAAAUCUACAGAACAACAAGCUGCAACAUAUUCCUGAGGAAAUUAUGGAGCCCAUUUUAGAUACGCUUCGAGUUGUCGAUAUUAUGGAUAACCCACUGAUCUGUGACUGCGAGUUGGCGUGGUACGAGGCCUGGCUCGCAGGUCUUCGAGACAGAGACGACGAAAUGAUGCAGAAGAAGAGGACUGUCUGCACCAUGGUGAACGAGCACCGUGAGUACAGCGUCGCCAAGAUGCCGCUGGAGAAGAUGAACUGUAAACGGAAACCAGCGUACGGACGCACUUCUGCAGCGCCCAUCCGCGCUGACGUCUGCUUCGCGACUAAAGUCCUUUUUGUCGUGGCAGCCAGGUGGCUCUAGAAUAAUCAUAAACAUACAUUUGUAAUGAGUUAACCCUAAUUUAAUUUUCGCGAAGGGUCACCCUCGGGCCAGCUGUGGCCGGAUGGCUCGACGCGUGUCUCUUCGCAGCGUUUGUAUUUUCCGUUCAAAACUUGUAACGUGAUGAAUUUGUGCAAUAAACUACGAUACAUAUCAAUUUUGGGCUGAUAAACAAAAUUAGUAAUAUAUUAUGGAGCGGUAGCUUGGUAAGUGAAGAUGGACGUUUUUCAAGGAUGGUAAGUUAGUGGUACAGUAUUUUUACAUUGUAGUAAAAACCUCUUACGGUAUGCCUUACUAAUAGUAAUGUACCAGAAUGUAGGGAACUACACGUAACACCAGGCAUCUCUAGCUAGUAGGUAUCACUGAAGGUGUGUUUCAUGUCUUUAUGGUCGUAGCAUGCUCUCAGCAUGAAGAAAACUUAAAUAAAUUUUCAAUAUGAAUGUGAUUUCACAAUGAGCUAGAACUUUUACACAAUCUUUAGCAAUGAACAAUUUCAUUUUAAAUUUUACAAUUCCCUAUGAAUUCGAAGGAGAAUUUUAAUAUUUUUUAUCGUUUACCCCUGCCUUACGAUGUAACCUAUUAGUAAGCUUUUACGUAUUUACAAUGUUGACUAUUACGAUAUUAAUAUUCUAUGAUACGUGUAAGAGGGCUCGAGGUACGAGUAUUUUACCUCACGGUACGUAUAUUUACCCCUAAUUAUAUAGCCACACGAUGAUUGUCGGUGGGAUCUUCUCAAUACAUGUACGCUGUGUAUCGUUUACAGGCUUGUGUUCGCUUUGGAGAUGGUACGAAUAUGUUAUCUUCAUCAUUAUAUUACGUAGUUAGAGCCCAUAAAAUAAA